CCUUGUAGUGUUUAUAAAUUCUUCACAUUUUUCCUUGUAACUUCCUAUUCUAUCUUCCGUCAAUUUUUGUACAUUUGUUUUAACUCACAACAAGAUAUAUACUCUUCUUCGAAUUUCGUUCGUCUUCUGGUGUCGGUGACGUUGUGCCGCCUUCGAGUGUUGUGCGUGUGCUUCGCAUCGGUUGUCGGAUCUCUAUUUACGAUCAGCGUUCGAUUACUCCGUUCGUGUCAUCGGACAGGUUUGCUGAUUUUCACCUUUUGUAACCUGACCGUGAGCAAUCGUGCUAAGGUCCUAUUCGCAGCGGUUCUAACUCUCUGUCAGACACUAUAUUUGGUGACCCCGCCUAUUUAAUUUUUUUGAUUACUUUUCUCUUUUUUUCCUUAUGUCUGACUACGCUGCUCCCCGUGAACCGUGUGAAAACUCAAUUGGCUUUUCGUUACCCACCUUUGAUGUUUCAAACCCUCGUGUUUGGUUUAUUCAGGUGGAGGCCAUCUUCCGAUUUCGAAAGAUCACUUCGCAAUCAUCGAUGUUUUCAUACGUCACCGCUCAUCUUCCUUCACAGAUAGCCUCGGAGGUGAUCGAUAUUCUUGAUCCGAUGCCGACUGAUUCGCCGUAUGACAAGCUCAAAUCAGCCAUUCUAAAACGCACUACGGCUUCCGAUGAAGCACGUCUACACAUGCUACUUUCAGGCAUAGAGCUUGGAGACCGCAGCCCGUCUCAACUCCUCCGGCACAUGCGUUCACUUGUGGGUUCCUCGACCCUGGACGAUUCCAUCCUCAGACAGAUCUGGACUAAGUGCCUUCCAACAAACACCACGGCAAUUUUAGCAGUCCUUGCUGAUGAGCUUCCGUUGGACAAACUAGCCGAAGCGGCUGACAAAGUCCAUGAACGCUUCUUUAAAACUGCUGUGAAUAAUGUGACUGGACCGAGCUCCACUAGUCCAUCUGGAAGUACCGCACUUGAGGAUAUUAGUGAACGACUCUCUCGGUUAGAACUCGCUGUGUCUCACAUCGGUCGUGAACGACCUGCUAACCGUAGAUUCAACUCAAGGAGUGGCCGCCGUAGUCAAUCCCGCACCAGCCGAUCGCGAUCAUACUGCUACUACCACCGCCGUUUCGGCGAUGCUGCUCGUAAUUGUCGUCCAGGUUGUAAAUACCCGAAGACGUUUUUGGAUUCUCGGCAGGGAAACGACAACGCCAGCCAGUGAUGGCGACAGCUGCUGCUGGCCAAACCAUUAGUCGCCUCUUGUACGUUUUCGAUUCCACCACCAAACUUCAUUUUUUGGUUGAUACUGGCGCAGAGGUGAGCGUUAUACCUCGAUCCUUAGAAAAACGUGCUCUGCGACCAUCCGGAAUUACCUUACAGGCAGCUAACCAAACCAAGAUCGCGACGUAUGGCCAGAGACUGCUGACACUUAAUCUUGGUUUGCGACGUAAUUUCACCUUCAUCUUCCUGAUUGCCGAUGUACAGAAGCCCAUCAUUGGUAUUGACUUCCUCACCAAAUUCGGCCUGGUCGUAGACCUGCGAUGUGGCAAGCUACGAGAUGAUACUACAUCAUUAACUGUUUCCGGACAGCUCGCUACGGUUAAUUCCAUUAAGCUUCAUGUACUUCUGCCUAAAGAGUCACGCUACUCAUCACUGCUGCAACAAUUUCCCUCCCUCCUUAGAGCAGAUGACGGCACUCUAGAGCCCAAGCACGAUAUCUGUCACCAUAUCGUCACAACCGGUCCUCCUGUGUCUGCCAAGCCAAGACGCCUUCCACCGGACAAACUACAAGCGGCCAAGAGAGUGUUCGAACACAUGCUUAACCUCGGGAUCAUACGCCCUUCCAAAAGCUGCUGGGCAUCUCCGCUUCAUUUGGUGCCCAAGAAGACCAGCGAUUGGAGACCAUGUGGCGACUACCGUGCGCUCAACAAUGUCACUGUUCCCGAUAGAUACCCAAUUUCCCAUAUCCAUGAUUUUUCUAGCAACUUGCACGGAAAAUCUGUUUUCUCUACAAUCGACCUAGUUCGUGCAUACCAUCACAUUCCUGUCGCUCCUGACGACAUUCCAAAGACCGCCAUUACUACCCCCUUCGGUCUCUAUGAAUUCGUCCGUAUGCCCUUCGGAUUGCGAAACGCUGCCCAAACCUUUCAGCGAUUCAUUGACCAAGUCCUAAGAGGGUUAGACUUUGUCUUCGCCUACAUCGACGACAUUCUCGUCGCCAGUUCGAACGAUGAGGAACACCUGUCACAUCUCCGUCUGAUCUUCGAGCGUUUUGCUCAGUAUGGCGUGACGAUUAAUGUUGAUAAAUGUAUUUUCGGCCAAUCCUGUGUCGAUUUUCUCGGUCACCGAAUCGACCACAAUGGUAUUCGCCCACUUCCCGAAAAGACGCAGGCAAUCGCGGAUUACCCAAUGCCUCAGUCCUUCAAAAAUUUGCGUCGUUUCCUCGGGAUGGUCAACUAUUACAAUCGUUUCAUUCCAGAUUGUUCCCGGCUACUUCAGCCCCUGACAGAUUUACUAAAAGGCAAGUCCCGAAAGUUUGAGCCGACAGCAGAAGCUAUUGUGGCAUUCGAUAAGAUCAAGCAGGCGUUAUCCAACGCCACCGCGCUUAGCCACAUGAAAACCGAUGUUGAUGCACCUCUCGUUCUCAGGACUGAUGCAUCACAAACUGCCGUUGGCGCCGUUUUACAGCAGAUAAUCAACAACCAACCUCAACCUUUGUCUUUUUUCUCCAAAAAGCUUCAGCCUGCUCAAACUCGAUACAGCACAUUCGGACGCGAACUUCUGGCUAUUUACCUUGCCAUUAAGCACUUCCGACAUCUACUUGAAGGACGUACCUUCACUAUCCUAACGGAUCACAAACCGCUAGCUUUUGCCUUCCGCGGUUCCUCCGAUCGAUUUUCACCUCGUGAGACCCGUCAUCUAGACUACAUAUCACAAUUCACGACAGACAUUCGUCAUGUUGAUGCCACUAACAACGCUGUUGCUGACGCUAUGUCUCGUAUCGAUCUCCAUCAUUUCUCACGCCAAACUAUUAACCUCGAGGAUAUUGCGGCUCACCAAGAAGACGAUCCUGAGUUCGCAGACUUGAAGACAAACGCUUCCUUGAAAUUCUCUCAACUGCCUAUUGUUAAUUCCGAUUCCAAAGUCUAUUGUGAUCUGUCGACUGGAAAGCCCAGACCUUUUGUUCCGCAACAGUUCCGCAGACUUAUUUUCGACCACCUGCAUGGCCUUUCCCACCCUGGCAUUCGAGCCACGGUCAAGUUAAUCACUGACCGCUACAUAUGGCACAAUAUGCGUUCCGACAUCCAAAAAUGGGCGAAGCAUUGUGUCACUUGUCAGACUAGCAAGAUACAUCGGCACACGAUCACCGUACCUGGCACAUUUGCGUUACCCGACGCUAGAUUUAAACAUGUGCACCUUGAUCUCGUUGGACCACUUCCUCCAUCCAACGGUUUCCAGUACUUACUGACCUGUGUCGACCGUUUCACACGAUGGCCUCAUGCAGUACCUUUACGAGAUAUUUCCACCGAAACUGUUUCGCGGACCUUCGUUGAAACCUGGAUAUCUGUGUUUGGCACCCCAGCUACGAUCACAACAGACAGAGGUCCUCAGUUCAAUUCCGCUCUCUUUCGAGACCUCAAUCGUUUACUCGGCUGUUGUCAUCUGCGAACAACCGCCUACCAUCCAGCCGCUAACGGUCUUGUUGAACGUUUUCAUCGUCAACUGAAAGCCGCAAUUACCGCAUCACAAUCGAGUACGCACUGGUCCGAACAGCUACCAGUUAUCCUUCUCGGCAUUCGCAACACGGUCAAAGAAGACCUAGGUUGUUGCCCCGCUGAACUGGUUUUCGGCACAACUCUCAGGCUUCCCGGUGAGAUGGUGUUAGAUUCCAGAAUCACUGGCGAACUAGACCCGACUUCCUAUGUGGUACGAUUGCGACAACAUUUUUCUUCAGUCCGGCCAACACCGCCCAGAUUCAGCCCUCGGAAUCAGCAAGUCCACUCUGAUUUGCAUACCUGCCCUUUCGUUUUUGUGCGCGUCGAUGCGGUGCGUAAACCCUUGACACCACCGUAUGAGGGCCCUUUCAAAGUUCUUGCUCGCAAAGAGAAAUACUUCAUAUUGGAUAGAAACGGUUCGAAGGAUUCUCUGAGCCUUGAUCGCUUAAAACCAGCGUACGUCGAAACUAAAACACCACAACAAGCCACAGAACAGACGUUUCCUAGUACCCCUCCUACCCAGCCAAUGUGUGAACCCUGUGUGCCCCCUCUACACCCUCCACUAAACCAGUGAGUGAACCAUAUGCACCAAAGCACACACGCUCUGGACGCGCUGUUGUUUUGCCUUCCAAACUAAUUGCUACCAACAACGCACAACUUUCGAGCGUUCGUUCUCCCGACUCACGCUCUAGGAGGGGAGCCCUGUAGUGUUUAUAAAUUCUUCACAUUUUCCUUGUAACUUCCUAUUCUAUCUUCCGUCAAUUUUUGUACAUUUGUUUUAACUCACAACAAGAUAUAUACUCUUCUUCGAAUUUCGUUCGUCUUCUGGUGUCGGUGACGUUGUGCCGCCUUCGAGUGUUGUGCGUGUGCUUCGCAUCGGUUGUCGGAUCUCUAUUUACGAUCAGCGUUCGAUUACUCCGUUCGUGUCAUCGGACAGGUUUGCUGAUUUUCACCUUUUGUAACCUGACCGUGAGCAAUCGUGCUAAGGUCCUAUUCGCAGCGGUUCUAACUCUCUGUCAGACACUAUA